UAAAACCCACACGGACAAUCAAGGGAAUUGGGUUGAUCCGGUUGCUGAACAAAAUUACCGGAACAUACAACAGGCCACAAGUCAAUGGAGCGGUGAGGGUCCGCCAAUUGCCCCGUAUCAGGAAGCGUUGGGUGAGCGGCGAGGAUGGUACCGCGGGAUGGGGCCUAAACCUUCUUCCAACACGUCCUCGCACUCGUCAUCUAACAUGUCGUCUUCGCAAGCUCGGACGCAAGAACCCUUUUCCGAGGAUUUUGUUAACAGCUUGUUCCAAACCCCGUCAUUUUUGAACCAACUUAACAACUAUCUUGCUUCACAAGGAAAAGGAAAAGGAAAGUCAAAAGGCUACGAUUCUGACAACUUAUUCGAUAAUGAAUCCGACGAUGAACCCAACGAUAACGAUGACGAUGAGUGACUUGUUUUUAAUGUAUGCUUUGGAUUUAAUUAAACGUUGUAGGAUAUAAUGUACGACUUAAACGUAGUUUUUAAUUAUAUUACCUUUAGUAUAUGUUGAUUAUGUUCA